UGUAAGGCCAUUUCUUUUUCAGCUAUUUCUGAAUGAGGCUAAAGUGUUAACCAUAUGUACUGGUGAACUGUGUAAAUAUUUUCAAAAGAAAUAAGGCGAGACUAGGCGGGUAUGUGAGGGUGGGCGUGCCGUGCCCGCGGGCGGGCGCCGCGCAACAAUGGCUCACGAGGCGGGGCGGAGACCCUCCGGGGACCGCCAGGCAUCCAAGGCCAGCUCCACUACUCGCACCUCCAUGAGCGGCCUCCUCCCCAGCCCAGUCGUGUGUGGUGAUGAACCUAGCUUUGUCACGCUCUACCAGAAUGGCGGCUCUAAACGGUUAGUCGAAGGCUAUGACGCCAGUGCGAAAUACAAUGGGUCCAGCAGACAGCAUGAGAACGGAGGCCGCCUGGGAUUAGCCAAUGGCGAGCGGUCGUCGGACUCCGAAGACUCGGGUGCCACCAGCGGCGCCACCAGCGGGAAGGAGGCCAGCCCGGGCUACGAGGAGAGCUCAGGCUCGGAGCAGAGCAGCGGCCCGCCGCUGUCCGAGGAGAAUCGCGGGGACGACGAAAUGGACCCGGAGCCAAGACUGGUAAGAUCUGCGUUGCCGCGAUCUCAGACGACGCCCGUGCUGAACGGAGACCACACGCUGGACGACGUGCUCCGGCCGCUGACCCACUACGGCCAGGAGUCUCCUAGCAGCGAGAGUAGCCGCCUCAGCAGCGACUUGAGCCGCAUUCGAGCCGCGCACGAGAUAAAUAUUAGCAAGCUAGCGUAUCUCGAGGCGCUCUUCCAGCGUGCCAAGCUGGAGGAAAUGCGACUGAAGAACCUCAACGCCAGCAGAGAAACGAACGAAGCACGGAGCGCCAAGUCAGGCUCCAAAAGCUUACAAAGUCCAGAGAGCGGUUACAAGUCGCUGCCGUCCUCGGUUUCGGAUUAUGGACUCAGAAACUACGGGUCGGGACACAGUUCUUCCUCCACCAACAACAGCAGUUGCGGGUCCACCUUGCCCGAUGGCCAGGCUUUGCUGCGGACCAUCGAGAACCGGUUGCAACUGGCGCGGCCCCAGGAGAAGGGCAGCAGUCGGUCGCUGUAUCAGUGCGGUGGAAGUAGCAGCGUCGGGAGCCUCAGCAGGCUAGCGACUGGUCAUAGCCCGGCCACGAGUGGGACGUCCACCCCCGCCAGAUUCGUUUCGCCCUCGCGUUCAGAGGCUCACGGGGGCUCACAGGGCACCACCCCCGGCAGCACCCCCGCCACCACUCCCGGGGGGACCCCAAAGCGACCCGAAGGGCUCAGUCAGAGCCGUUCCAUGGGUCACGUCAGCCAGCGAUCUCUUCCGCACAACUAUCGUAGCCGCUCUGCAUACAGCUCGCCUGCAGUGUCCCCUCAGCGAGGCCCUGACCCCGCUGGAUUCCUCGUGUCCCCCUCGGGCGGGGUUCCCAACACCCGUAGGUUUUCCAGCCUAGACCUGAGGGGUCGCGGCCAGCCACGGCAACUGUCCUUGCGGCACACCGCCCACGGCUACCCGACGGUGGUCCUCCCCAUCAGUCCGCCCUCGCCUGCUCAGGGCACACAAGCAUUCCAUCGGAAAAUGCAACUUUUCUUCGAGAUAAUGGACACGCAGUCGAGAUUCUCACAGCCCGCUCAGUCCUCCCUCUCAGACCCGACUCGGCAAAAGUGUCAGAACCUGUCGUAUUAA